UUAUUAUUGGCGAAUUCGGCUUGGACAUCAACAGGUUUGACGUCAGCUUGUCAGUGUUUGUUGGAGAAAUGCGUGACGUCAGAGUGUGGGUCGGCCCAAGUCGGAAAAGACGCUGUAUAUUUCGCGAAUAAAUGAAAAUCGGAUUGACAUGCGCACGAAUAAAACGCACGCGGCGGUAGCAGCCCUUUUUCUCAAGUCAGUCAGCUCAAGUGCCGUGGCAGUCGACCUCAGAAGGGUGCGCCGUGGGUGACAUGAGCACCAGCGUCGCACCCUGCGCGCCCGGCAGCGAAUUCUCCUCGCCUGACACUUUGGCCAAACGCAAGGCCCCCAGCGACCGCACGUGGAGACUCAAAAAUUAUUACCUCUUGCUCGAACGGCAACGCACCAAACUUGUACAUGUGGGCGAUGAGCUGGAUAAAUCGAAUUACACCAACGACUUUGCAGCCGUUUCGCUGGGCGUCGCGACAAAAGAUGCAAUCGGCCCGAUCAAGUUCGCCGAGCAGACGUCGGGCGGCGACGACGAGGCGUGCGACAUGGGCACCCUGGUCAAGGCGGGCUGCCUGCUGGCCAGGGAGAAAAUGGACGUGAGCUUCCGGCACGAGGAGGAGCAGCGGCAGGUCUUGGCCCUCACCUACGACGCCUUUAGAUACCGCAGCGUCUUUAAUCAGGCACUACAAGACACCAACUUCUUUACGAUUUUUCCGCAGGCGAGUAUAUGAGCAUAAUUUCGAAUUUUUAGUCACGAGAGCCCUCUCCUCGACGCAAGGCCGUAAAUCGACCUUUCGCGUGCACCGCGCCGUGCGGAUCAGAUCAAUCAGCACGCGGCGGCACUGCUAAACGACUGCCAACUUUAAUUAAAUCGUUGCAGACGGAGCAGCCGAACGCGGUGGAUGCUCAUUUGGCUUCCAGCCACACCGCUUAGCACACAUACACACACACUCGCUUGUCACUGACUGUCCUCAACAGGUGUGCGUAAUUUGACGUGACCAUUUUUCAUGAUAAUGGUGGCCGCGCCAAGCGACGUGAUUUAUUUAGUUGCCUCUUCCCGCGUUAUUUGCUGUUGAAUGUUUUAUUUUCUCUGUUAAACGGCGGGGAAACUUGACAAACGAUGCAAAAUGGUUUGGAGAAACGAAGUAAAUUCAAA